AAAGGGAUGCACCUCCCAAUAGGGCACAUCCAAUUGUGGCCACCCAACUCCUCCCCUUCCAAGGACACCUACUGCCUGUCACCUGCCCUCCAUGCCAGGACCAUCUUCAUUUUUCCACAAAAGGUGCCUUCAGUACAGACUGGAACACCCAGGCUCGGGAACCAACUUGAGAGGGCCCAGGUUCCCACUCAUGCCCUUGCCCUUGCCCGCCUAGAAGACAGAGUUGGUAGUUCAGGGAUGGUGAAAGCAGAGUCAGAUAGCAGCUUGGUGUGGCAGGGGUGCAGAAGGGAGAGGGAACUGUGGUGAAAUGUCUGUAGUCAGAGGGAUGGUAGACAGGGUUGAUCUAAGAAAUUCCAUUGAGUUCUCCCUCAUCCAUCUGGAUACAAAUGUGUCUGCCAGAAGAUUCGUGAGUGCUAAUUACUGGUACCUCUGUCCUUGGUCCUGCUUUGAAAUGAUGGUUUACCCAAGAAGCACCAGAGAAAUUAACUUUGAGUCCCUUAUACUUUAGAGGAGAGGUCAGACACUCAGCUGCCUCCAGGGGCCUCAAGAUAAUAAAAAUGAGAGAAAUGGGCCAGGUGGGGGCCCUGGCAGAUCAGAGAACACCUGCCCUGACUGAAGGCGGCCCUUAAUCAGCUCUGAUCAAUUGUUGCUACUCAGGAACCGGAGUCCACUGUCUCCAGAUUUUUUUAAAGAAAAAACAGACAACAGGAUUUGUAUAGAAAACAUCCUGAUUUUUUAAUGUUGGCAACUAACUGAAACAUUAUUAAAUACAGUGUAAACCAAACAGAACACUGGGUUGCCAGCUUGUGACCUCAGCUUUGGAGUCAAUGGGCAUAUCCUCCAGCUAUUUUUAUGAGACCAGCUGAGAGCUUGGAAGACUGGUGGGUGGUGAAUUGAAAGAGAUGAGUACCAAAGCUUCAAAAACAGAAUUCCUGGUCUUUCUGCCACUGCUGGAAGGAAUUAACCUAUCAUUUUAGGGCAACCCUUUAUUUUACAGAUGAGGGAGCCAAAGACUAGAGAAGGCAGGGAUUGGUCCAAGGUCAUGCAGAGCUAGUUCCUGCGCUGGGACCAGACCCCUGGACUGCCAGCUCCCAGCCCACUGCACCACCUGAACUACUGCUUCAAAACCAGGCCACCCUGUCUGCCCAGGACGCCAAACCUGGCUCCACUAGGAGCAUAAAAUAACUUCCCACAAAUUGGAAAGAGAUCCCCUGUCUCCAGAGUCAAAGGUCCCCUCAUGCCUGUCUAGCCCCAGCUUCCCCAUUGGCUCAUGGGAUCCGCCUUCAGGGUUCCGCCCCCUGCCCUGCAGCUGGGUGAGAGGAAACAUUCCCUGAGAGGCCGAGGGUCACCACAGCACCAUGACCGAGUCUGGCAAGCCUAUCCUCUAUUCCUAUUUCCGAAGCUCCUGCUCAUGGAGAGUUCGAAUUGCUCUGGCCUUGAAAAGCAUUGACUAUGAAACGAUACCCAUCAACCUCAUAAAGGAUGGGGGACAACAGUUCUCUGAGGAAUUCCAGAAACUGAAUCCCAUGAAGCAGGUGCCGGCCCUCAAGAUUGAUGGGACCACCAUUGGCCAGUCACUGGCCAUCAUUGAGUACCUGGAGGAGACUCGGCCCACUCCGCGACUCCUGCCUCAGGACCCAAAGAAGAGGGCCCACGUGCGCAUGAUUUCCGACCUCAUCGCCAGCGGCAUCCAGCCUCUGCAGAACCUGUCUGUCCUGAAGGAAGUGGGACAGGAGAACCAGCUGACCUGGGCCCAGGAGGCCAUCAAUUUUGGCUUUAAUGCUCUGGAGCACAUCCUGCAGACCACAGCGGGGAAGUACUGUGUGGGAAAUGAGGUGUCCAUGGCUGAUCUGUGCUUAGUGCCUCAGGUGGCAAAUGCUGAAAGGUUCAAGGUGGAUCUCACUCCCUACCCUACCAUCAGCCGCAUCAACAAGUCGCUGCUAGCCUUGGAGGCCUUCCAAGUGUCUCACCCCUGCCGGCAGCCGGAUACACCCCCUGAGCUGAGAGCCUAGCCUCAAACCGUGCCCCACUGGUGCAGGAACAGGGAGGGGGUGCAGGAGCAGAAGUUGGCUGGGCUGAACAGGCCUGGAAAUGAAUGAGCCCUAACUGGAAAGGCAGGAGACUUUAACUCCUAGCCCUUGAACUUGAACUCUAGCCCUGGAUCUGCCUUCUUACUGAACCUCUUUCUGCCUCAGUCCCUUCAUCUGUCAAAUGCAGGCAUGGUGUGGUGGGAGGAUGCUGGGAGAGAGGUAGGCAGGAACAUUACCUACUAUCUAUGUCACGCAAUCAUGAAGAUGAAGCGAGAAUAUAGACUAAAAUGCCUGACAAGUUCACCAGAGCGCCAUAAGGAAGUCUGUGCGCCUCUUCCCAUCCUCUCUACUCUAUCUGACUCCAAAGAAUGCCCACACUGAAAUUUGAUAAUUUACUAAAGCCAAGUCUGUUCAGUUAA